AUGAGCAACCAAGAUAGUUCUGAUGACCUGCUUUUCCGCCAUUGCAGCCCCGAGUUCUCCGACGACGAGACUGAUUCAGAUACAAAUGAUAGCAACUCUGAAUCUUUUACUGGCGGAGUCUUUAGAGCAGGCGCCGGUCCUGACUUCUCAAUUGUUAUCAACAGUGAUGAGCACAACAAUGAUUCUAUCACUGGCUACAAGAAAACUCGCACACUGUAUCUAUCCGCAAUGCUCUCCCUAUCCGCAUUGCCUGAUUGCGCAGUGACACACUCUCCCAAGCGUGCACUUGCAUCCUCUCACUUGCAUCCUGAGUCACCAUGCAAGCGUGUGGCAUAUUCCGGGAGUUCCAACAUGUUUCUUGGCCGGGGAAGCCUAGGAAGGCAAGAAAAUGACUGUUUAUCUGUUGUGAUGGGCUGCGCGAAACACUCCUCAGAGCAGGAGCUCAAUAUUUGGCAAGAACACUGUUCAAACCCGGAAUGUACUCAGCGCGAUGAACCUGUCUGGUGUUAUGAACAGCUUGCUGGAUACAGGGUUGAGAAUGGGAGGGAAUAUGUUCUGGUCAAAUGGCAUGCUUUCUGGGAGUUGGCGGAGAGUUUUCCAUCCGCUGAGGUAGAGACCAUCAGACACCGGCGUGGACCUCGAAAGCGAGGAAGGCCCAAGAAGCCUUCCUGA